GGGCAGGGGGCAUGCGGUGAGCAGAGCAAAGGCAAGACAGAGAGAGGAUCUCCUGGGAGAUGCAAAACAAGCUCCCUGGAUUGCCAGGACUAGUGGUGACACGCGCCAGACAAAGGAACUGCUACUCUAUAAAGGAGGCAGCCGGGACCGGCGCUAGGCUGACUCCAGCAAGAGCAAGCUCCCUGGGCAGGCACUGGAAAAGCAGUCGGGAAAAGAAGCACAGGAAGAUUUUGCUGCCUGUUCGCCCCCCGACCAGGUUUCCAGAGGCAGAAGUACCAGAAAACACCUUAAGAAUGACGAGGAAGAUCUUCACCAACACCAGGGAGAGGUGGAGGCAGCAAAAUGUCAACAGUGCCUUUGCCAAGCUGAGGAAGCUCAUUCCCACCCACCCACCAGACAAGAAGCUGAGCAAGAACGAGACGCUCCGCUUGGCCAUGAGAUACAUCAACUUCCUCGUCAAGGUCCUGGGAGAGCCAGGCCUGCAGCAGACAGCAGUGGCAGCUCGGGGCAGCAUCCUGGGGCUCCUCCAGCAAGCCCCACACUUGCAGAGCAUGGAAGAGCUGACACUGAUUGAAAACUGUGGCGUCUCCUGUCCCGGCAUGAGCAGCAAUCUAGCAGAGUGUUGGUCAGAGGCAUCAUCCCCCUAGCAGACAGUGAGAUGUGCAAGUCUUGGUGUUAGUGUGGUAGUCCCCUCUCUCCUGGCAGAAUCUGUGGGUUGCUCUUCCAUGUAUCGUGAUUAUUUAUUUGUAUUUAUUGCUAUUUAAUUUGAAUUUUUAUUUAAUAGGACAGGAAAUCCUUGGUCGUGCGAAAACCUGGAAGUCCAGAGGGAGAACUUGUGGUCUCUGGGAGCUUGGAAGGACUCGCUGCUGUCGUGGCAGAGUCCAAGCCAGAAGAGCCUUCUGUCCAGAUCUCCUCCACAAAUCAGGGCAUAGGAAUUCCUUCAGUGUUUCUGACAGGGAAAGAAAUUAUUCUCCCAUUCUAUUUCCAGGAAACUCUAUUGAGAUGAAGAAUUAUGACAGCACCACAAAAUUUAUCCACAACAGAUACCUGGCCUUGGUAGUGAAAGAUUUAGACAGCUGUGAUAUUUGACACAGUCCUCCAUGAGUUGUUCUAGGGGCUAAUUGCACUCUCUCUUGAACUUGAGGAUCUUAUUUCUAGCUUGAUUCUUUUAUUUUUUUUUUUUUUUUUAAUUUAAGUCCUAGCCCUUGAACCUGGCUACAUAUUUCUUCAUCAGCCUGGAGGGACCCCUUAUGUCAGAGCAAAGCACAUUAAGCAUAAUUAAAUGCUAGGUUAAUGCAAAAAGUGCUAAUUCAAAAUGGCCAAAUACACAGUCAUGGAUGAGUUUCAGUGGGUUCAAUAGGCAAAUUAAAUCUCCUCCCUAGCAGUGACAGUGUGCACGUGAAGGAAGAUGGUCAGCUGUACCCCAGCUGCCUUGAAAAUGGGCCAGUGCAGCCAGGACAAAGAAAUGGGUGUAAAUAUCUUCCAUUUGUGAGUCACUGCCCUGUAUGAACCAUCACGCUGCAGGUGUUUACAUGAUAGGUUGUAUGAAAGGGGCCACUGUGCUGCCCACAAAAAAAAAUCCAAUCUAAUUUCCUAACUUAUAACUCUAUUUCCUGAGUUAUAACCUGUGCCAGCCAAGUCCUGGCCUCCUCAUGUGACUUACGAGCAGCCCAAAGCAGCAGAGAAAAUGACACCAGGUUUAAGCAGAAUGGCUUUCUGGUCAGAUCCUGCUCCCACUGACACAAGUGUCUCUUUUCAUGUGGACCAAGGUACAUAUCAAGGCUUAGAAGAGACAAUUGCUCAUGACUGGUGAAGAAAUGUAGCUCCUGUAGGCCAAGGCACGUCCUUGGGCUGUUUCUCUUUGUUCAUGAGACGAAGAGGUGCUUUCAGAAAGCAGAACUAGGGUUUGUGCAUGCAGCAUGCACGGCCUUUCUGCACGAGGGGAUUUGGCACCUGAAGCUGAGCUGCCUUUCAGAGCCUCGCCAAGCACCAGGUGCACCAAAGAAGCCAGGGCUGGCUCCUGCUGUGGGAAUGUUGAGCUGUCCUCAGCACUGACAAAAGCCAAGGUCUGACAAGAACAUAGCUCAUCCCAUCCAGCGCUGGUGCUGGAGGCACAGGCAUGCCAGUGGACAGAUUUUGACCAAAAGAAAGAAAGAACGAAAAACAAAAAGCUGGAAGCUCAUGUUGAUUUGGUUUCCUUUCUGAGCACUGCUAACAGUUUGCUCAUCCCUGGGUUUGUGAGCUGCCAGGAUGGCCCUGGGGAGCAGCUGAGUGGAAAGGCACUGAGAAUCCUUUGUUUUUUCCCACCUCUGCCCACCUUAAUGUGACUAAAUGGAGCCACAGCCUCUUCUGCAUGGCACCUCAAAGGUAAUGAGCCACAUCCUCCUCCCAGCUUUCCUCUGGCUUGCUGGAGUUGCAGCAGGACAAAUUAGUCCAAGUAAAUCACAGCACUUCCUGCUGAGGCGUGGUGCUGCUGUUGGGUCCAUCAGUCACUUGCUAUCCUAGGAAACACAAAUCACCAAGGCGAGGGAAAACAUCUUGUGAGCAGCUGUCACACUGGGAAGGGGAAAGGAAACCUGGCAAUUUUGUAACAUAACACGCUUGUUGUGUUUUCUGUGCUAAAAACCUUCUCUUCUUGUUAUUGCUUCGGUUCAUAUCACCAUUUUCUUUGAUCUCCUUUCAGUUUAGGAGCUCCCUACUGUCACAUUCAGCAAGUAUUUCCCUAGAUCUCUCUCUACCAAAGAUUUCUUUUUUUUGGUCAACUUUCUUCUUUGUGUUUUGGGGAUUUCUUAUUUGCGUCAUCAUGAACAAAUACAGUGCAACUGAUAACACUUUGUGC